AUGAGCGGCGGCCCUGUUCCAGUAUGGAAGAAAUACACCACCAGGCCCACCGGCAUCUGGGAGAAGAUCCGCCAGUGGUUGGUGCUCGUGCCCAACAGAUCCUCGGGUAACCCCUUGGUCCACCACUACAGAGCCAUUCCGCCCGGCGCCAGGAUCGAGCAGGCCAACAGCUACCAAGACCCCGUCACGCUCCCCGCCGGCGACAUCAGGGGCAACCCCUACUACAAGCGCGACUACCGGCGCAACUAUCCCCAAGUGCACGGGUUUGACCAGACCAAGGUGUCUGGCUUGUUGACGCUAGGCUCGGCCGCAAAGCCGCGGAUAGCCGCCGGCGACAAGGGCUCCAAGGAGUUGGCGGCCUUCGGUGCCGGCGCGGCCGUCAGCUUGGCCUCCACCUUGACCGCCGUGGACCCGGGCGUGCUCAGGGGCCAGGUGUUGGGCCUGGCCGGCGAGCCCGUGGUGGCGCCGUCCAUGCACAAGUUCAAGUGGCGCAUCUUGGACGAGCCCGAGCACGGCAUGUACACGGACGACUACCCGUGCCGCUCGUUCAACGUCGAAAAGCCCUCGCCGUGA